GUCUUUAGCUAUGGUUCUCUGCUGAUGCUGGGUAGAGAUUGGAGCUCUCUCAGAUGAUAAUUCAGAGGAUCUAGGACCCCUGCACACUCCAGUUCCUAGCGGAAGCCCCCAGUAGAGCGUGCACGGUGUAUGCUGGGCUCGUUUGAUGGACUUUGGAGACUAUGCACACCCCAGUUCUUAGUGGAAGCCCCCAGUAGAGCGUUCACGGUGUAUGCUGGGCUCGUUUGAUGGACUUUGGAGACUACACAGCCCCCAGCGUACGUUUGCCAGAGACCGUCUUGGAGAAAAGUGGCGUCCAGGAGGUAGCUUCCUAGCCCAAAACUUGUGUCGUGAAAUCUGAGAUUUUGACCCAGAUACUAUGAUAGGAACUUCUUAGAUGAACGUGGGACUUCCAGAUUUACUGAGAACUUGGUACUGUACGCACGGUUCUUGCUCGUUUGGCGUAGGUGACCAUGCCGUCUCUGCCUCAAGAAGGGGUCAUUCAGGGAUCCUCUCCCCUGGAUCUGAAUACAGAGUUGCCUUAUCAAUGCACAACGAAAAGGAAAGUCAGAAAAAAGAAAAAGAAGGGAGUCAUUACAGCCAAUGUUUCUGGGACAAAGUUUGAAAUUGUUCGUUUAGUGAUAGAUGAAAUGGGAUAUAUGAAAACUCCAGAUGAAGAUGAAUCGAGUAACCUUAUAUGGUGUGAUGCUGCCGUUCAGCAGGAGAAGAUCACAGAGCUGCAGAACUACCAGAGGAUCAACCAUUUUCCAGGAAUGGGGGAGAUCUGUAGGAAGGAUUUCUUAGCAAGAAAUAUGAGCAAAAUGAUCAAGUCUCUGCCUCUGGAUUAUACUUUUGUUCCACGAACAUGGAUUUUCCCUUCUGAAUAUACCCAGUUCCAAAACUAUGUGAAAGAAUUGAAGAAAAAAAGGAAGCAGAAAACUUUUAUAAUAAAACCAGCUAAUGGCGCAAUGGGUCAUGGGAUUUCAUUGAUAAGAAAUGGGGAUAAAAUUCCAUCUCAGGAUCAUUUGAUAGUUCAAGAAUACAUUGAAAAGCCUUUCCUAAUGGAAGGCUACAAGUUUGAUUUACGGAUUUAUAUUUUGGUGACAUCCUGUGAUCCUUUAAAGAUAUUUCUCUACCAUGAUGGGCUUGUGCGAAUGGGGACAGAGAAGUACAUCCCGCCAAAUGAGUCCAACUUGACCCAGUUGUACAUGCAUUUGACCAACUACUCUGUGAACAAACAUAAUGAGCGGUUUGAACGCAAUGAAACUGAAGACAAAGGCAGCAAGCGUUCGAUCAGGUGGUUUACAGAAUUCCUGCAAGCCAAUCAGCAUGAUGUUUCCAAGUUCUGGAGUGAUAUUUCAGAGUUGGUGGUGAAGACGAUGAUUGUAGCAGAACCUCAUGUCCUGCAUGCUUAUCGGAUGUGCAGACCUGGUCAGCCCCCAGGAAGCGAAAGCGUCUGUUUUGAAGUCCUGGGGUUCGACAUCUUGUUGGAUAGAAAGCUAAAGCCAUGGCUUCUGGAGAUUAAUCGAGCCCCAAGUUUUGGCACUGAUCAGAAAAUAGAUUAUGAUGUCAAAAGGGGAGUUCUGCUAAACGCACUGAAGCUGCUGAACAUCAGGACCAGUGACAAAAGGAAAAACUUGGCCAAGCAGAAAGCCGAGGCUCAAAAGAGGCUGUAUGGUCAGAACUCGAUCAGAAGGGUUUCUCCGGGCUCCUCUGACUGGGAGCAGCAGAGGCACCAGCUGGAGAGGCGGAAAGAAGAGUUGAAAGAGAGACUUGUUCAAGUACGGAAACAGGUUUCACGAGAAGAGCAUGAAAACCGACAUAUGGGGAACUACAGGAGAAUCUAUCCUCCUGAAGACAAAACCCUGCUUGAGAAGUAUGAAAGCUUGCUGGCUGUUGCAUUCCAGACCUUUCUUUCAGGAAGAGCAACUACAUUCCAGCGAGAACUGAGCAAUCCCCUGAAAAAGAUGAGGGAGGAAGACAUUUUGGAUCUCCUGGAGCAAUGCGAAAUCGAUGAUGAAAAGUUGAUGGGAAAAACUACCAGAGUCCGAGGACCAAAGCCCCUGUGUUGCAUGCCCGAAUGUGCGGAGGUAAUGAAGAAGCAGAAAAGUUACUACAGCAGCGAGAGCAGCUACGACAGCAGCAGCAGCGGCAGCAGUUCAGAGCUGGAUGAGAAUGAGAAAGAGCUGUGUCAGAAGAAACGAGAGCAGGCUCCAUAUAACCUUAGACACACCAGUCACUGCAAGCUAAUUCAACAAUCCAAUUCCAUGAGGCGUUCCGUCAGCUGCCCUCGGUCCAUCUCUGCUCACUUGCCCUCCAGUGGGGAUGCACGCCCCUUCUCUUCUCAGCAAGUGAUACCGCUAGCACGGCCCACCUCAGCAACCCGGUCGCAUUCCUUAAACCGUGCUUCCUCCUACUCGAGACACCUGCCCAGCGGUAGCGAUGUCGGCUCUGCCAACUCUCUGGUGAAUGAGUCUCUGCGGCAACUGAACUCAAAAGAACAGGAAGAUGACCUCACAAGUCAGACCUUGUUUAUUCUCAAGGACAUGCGGAUCCGUUUUCCAGGGAAGUCAGACGCGGAGUCGGAGCUUCUGAUAGACGAUAUCAUGGAUAACUGGAAGCAUUACAAAACAAAAGUGGCUUCCUACUGGCUCAUAAAGUUGGACUCCGGGAAACAACGAAAAAUUUUGGACAUAGUAAAAUCAAGUAUUCGUACAGUUCUUCCAAGAAUCUGGAAGGUCCCUGAUGCCGAAGAACUGAGUUUAUACCGGAUUUUCAACAAGGUGUUUAAUCGCUUACUCUGGAGUCAUGGCCAAGGACUGUGGAGUUGUUUCUGUGAUUCAGGAUCCUCUUGGGAGAGCAUCUUCAGUAAGAGCCCAGAGAUGGUGACUCCUCUGCAGCUCCAGUGCUGCCAGCGCCUGGUGGAGCUCUGCAAGCAGUGCCUGCUAGUGGUUUACAAGUACACCACCGAAACAAGGGGGCCCAUCUCAGGCAUUGGCUCUGACUGGGGUAACUCCAGGUAUUUGCUACCAGGAAGUGCCCAAUUCCUCAUGAGAUCACAACUGUACAACGUGAAAUAUAAUGCAUCCGGAAUGACUCGCUCCAAUGUUUUGUUUACAUCCCGAUAUGGCCAUUUGUGAGACUGAAUGGAAGAUUGCCAUGGGCUAUGCAUAAUAGCAAUUCAUUCAUUUUUCUCCAGUUGAACCUUAAGGAAGUGACCCUUAUGUGCUGUUUUAUGUAUAUAUGUCAUACAGGUGUGUGGGCUACAUACACACUUGCGCUCAAGUAACAUAUAAAUAUAUAUAUUUAUUAUGUGUAAGAAAAAUUAGCAGAAAACUGAAUAUAAGAUUUAACCUUUCUGGAAAUGUAAUAAACCAUGUUAAACUUGUUUACACAAAUAUGCAAAUGUGUGGAAUUUGCUAGGUUUAUACGUAAUUGCUUCCUACUAGAAAUGUUAUUUUUGCUGCAGAGUGUAUAAAGCAGACUUGAUCUUGAAGAUCCCAUCACAGUGUUAAAUUAUUUUCUAGAUAACACAGCUUUGACUUCAGAAAGCACUAAUAGUAUCGUAUUACUUCUCUCACUCAUAGUAGCUAUUUAACAGCGAAACACAGGAGACUUAGAAACCUGGGGUUGGCUUAGUGAUAAGAUUAGGAUAAAACGGGGUUGUUGUUACUAUAGCACACUGUGACUUACUAGAAAAUAUCCCGGCCUGACUCUCCAACGUUUUAUUCCCCAUACGGAAAUUUAGCUACUUGUUCUAGUGUAUAUUUUCAAUAAAGAUCCGAUACAAUUACGGCGUGAUCUAAAAUGGGAGACAUUCCAGUGGACUAAGAACAAAAUGAAAACUUGCUUUAAUUUGGCUUCCCGUGGGGAGUCACAUAGAGAAACAAGGUGUUGGUGAUGAUAGAGCCUUAGCUGUGUGACGUUGGGCCUCGACGCACUCACUUUUCUUUGGAAAGUAGAUCAUUGAUGGGUUGAAGGAUCUCAAUGUUGAGACCAGUUUACCUUGCAAAGCCUAAUGAUAGUGGUUUCUCAUUUCACCGCAGAAAAAACAUUCUAAAGACUCUUAAGAGGACUCUGCACUGAGCACAUGUCACUAUUCAUGGGCUGGUGUGCCUGCCCUCCACACAGUCUCUUCUUCAGUGCUCAGUAGGGCGUUGUCUUUCUGUCCAAAGGCAUCAUGCAUGUGUUUCUCAGCAGCAUUCUCCCAUGCCCCCUUCUUCUUACCUGUGGUUAAAAACCACUGUGUGUGGUGUGUCCGUUCCGUCUCCCAGUCAGAUAUAGACAGCACAGCCGUGGAUUUUUAAACUCAGGAAGUGUAAUAUUUGCUCAAACUUAUGUCCAAGGGUUUUACUCACAGAAGCUAAGUAUUUGGAAAACCACCAUCUCUUACCCUAAGAUCUAUUCCCAGUCAAUGAAGAAAUGACUCCAAAGAAGCCAUAGUGAGAGCCCAUCUGUCGCAAAUUCAUUCAAAGUUGGGCCAAUGGUGACCCAAAGUUGUAAGGUAGAUGUACUUUAUUUUUAAGACUACCUUUGGCGAGUGCGUUUUUCCUGUGAUACUCAUUUCAUACACAAACUACCAGUAGCUGCUUUGCUUCUGCGUGGCAGCCUAUCAUGCACAUUCCAUCAGAUACUUUUCUUACCGGCUACAUCCCACACAACUUUGUCUUGUGUUUUCAAAAAGAGAAUAAAGCCUCUAGAGGAAGAAAGUGUGGGAUUUAGGAAUCCAUAUCGUGAAUUCUUAAAUAUGGUAUAUAUUUCUUAAAAUUAGUGAUGUAAAUAUUGAAACACUACAGAAUCUUUUUGGGAAUAAUCAACAAAUCAGUCCCUUUUAUGGUUUACUUGUAGUCAUCUUUGUUUUCAAUUCAUGAUUUAAAAAUCAUGGAGAAAUAAAAGAACAUAAAAGUCAUGGAGAUAUGUUUUAAAGUGAUUGGUAAAUGAUACCAACCCAGUGUGUUGGUCAUUCACUUCGUUUAUCUUAAAUCACAGAUGAUUAAUUAGAGUGUAUGCUUUGGGACUUCUGUCUCAUACAAGAAAGGAAUUUUUAUUUAAAAAAAACAAUGAAAUUGGAACCAUCCCACAUUAGAAAUUCUCACCCUGGAAGCACACAUUAAAAACCAAGAGUAAAUUUAAAUGCAUAGAACUGCCAAGUAUUUGGUGAACAAACAUCAUUUCCCUAGGUACUCAAGCAAGGCCUUAUUUUGAGCACUAGGAUUUCAUUGCCUACAUUUCCUGUUUCAACUAGCUGGAUACAGUGAAGUUGUGCAGAAAGCCAUGUGCUCAUUACUUAUGUGCAUUACCUGGUGUGCUGUGGACUGUGGUUGUCAUAGCACCAUCCCCUAAUGAGCAGCUAUGAGAAGACAUGAUAAUGAACCAUGCAAAUCUCAGGAGGCCAUAGACAGGUAUUAGAGGUAUAAAAUAUUCCCUAGUUUUGUUAUCCGUUUCUUAAGCGUAUGGUUAAAACAUAUCUGCAUAAGAUACAGUGUAAAUAUCUCCUUUGUAGUAGAGAAAGCAAACCAGAAAAUACUUAAUCUCAUCAGGGUUUUAUUUUUAUUUUUAUUUUAGAAUGGAUUUUGGUUUACUUACAAGGGUAGAGGAUAGGAAUAGACAGGCUGCCCUAGUCAUUUGGUUCCUCUCAAGGUUGGAAUGCUUCCCCAAACUGUAAGAUAUGAAUUUUUCCAAAUUGUCCAAGUAGUAACUUGUUUGUUUUAUAUCAUUACCUACAAGCAUAAUCUAAAGUCGCAAUUUAGUUUUCACUGGAGUAAGACAACCUUGUGGGUUUGAAUGUAUUGAAAUACUCUAUUGUAAUUCAUUUACUUUGCAUGAACUUUAUUUUGUUAGAUUUCAUUUAUCUUUAAUAUGUGAACAUAAAGUUUUAAAUGGAGCACAGAGUUAAGCAACUCUGCUAUCUGUAAGGAUUUGCCUAAAUGAGAUCAAAUCCCCUAGAGUUUCCAUGACUCCUCAUCUCUAGAGUUAAACUAAACCCAACCAAAACCAAAUGCUUUCUUUUACCCAAUAUUUAUGCACACACAGAAAAUGUGUGGCUCCUAGAUUUCCAGAAAAUGAUUCCAUUCCAUUUUCUCUUUAGCUUGGAAAACAGAUUGAGUAUGGGAUUAUUCUGAUUUGAAAUUUCAGAUGUUUGUCUAUAAAUUUAAUGCUUUCUUCUUUAACAUGUCAGUGUCAUUCUGUGUAAACAUUAUCUUCAAAUUUAAACAUAUGCAAUACACACUAUUCAAAAUACCAAAAAGAUAGCAGCAUAAUGCCAUUAUUUAAUCUCUAAUGCACUGAUUCAUUCUUAAAUAUAUAGUCUUUAAAAGAUAGUGAAUACCUCAAGAGUGAAAGGAAACCCUUCCCUUUCUAUUUAGCAAUGCUACUUUGUAUUCAGAAUCUCAUGUGCUUGGUUAUGAGGCUUCGCCAACAAUAAAAGGGGUAGAUGUACAAUUGUGUUACUGUGAAUUUGCGAUGUGGGGGCAUUUUCUCUUCUCUUUAAAUUGAGAGCUUCAAGUAUAAAGGACCAUGUUGUCUACAUAUUGAUGAUUAGAUAUCCAACUAUUGUCUGGCUAAUGUUGGCUUGUAAAUAAAUGAAAACUGUAGAAAUAUAUUCAUAAAGAAAACUUGAUUCCCCACACUGCUUCCUCUCUCUCCUACUUUCGUUCUUCAAAUCCCCCUGAAGCUUUAGAUGUGCAAUGGACAAAGUAAAGGAAAAGAGAAAUCUUGCGUUCUAAACAUUGGUCUUCCUUGAAUUCUUAUAGUGGUGUGUUUUUUACCCCUAAGAAACAGCAAAACUUCAAUGAAAUAUUGGGUCAAGUUCUGUUUGCUGAGAACUUUAGGAACAAGGUUGAGGUCUGUACACCUAAAACCCAUGAAGUCUCUGUGAAGUGUGAGACACAUGGUAAGAGUCUUACAGUAGAAACGGAUGUGUUGAAAUAGCACACAUUGAGAUUGCUGCUAAUUUUGGGGGGUCUGUCGUGAGGUGGUGUUUGGUGUAUUGGAAGGGAUGUGCUCAGGUAAACAUUGUGAUGCUGAGGGGUUGAUCAUCUAGGAAGAGCUGCAUAAUACUCCUGCUUUAUGACCACCUGUGAACUCGAAAGCUCUUCUGUGGGCAAACACAUCACUCAACAGACUAACCAGUCUUAAUAAGAAGGCUUGCCUGUGACAAGUGGUCAAAUACUUACUCUGUUUCUACCCAAGGCUAACAGCCAUUCUGACCCCCGAGUUCAUAUAGCAGUGACUGUACAUACCCCAGCAUCUGAAUUUUAAUGGACUUGCAGAGGAGUCUGAAUUUGAGGGUGAGAGAGUCCAUGAAUGUUGGGUCAGACUACGCCUGUGUGAUUUACUUCCUGUAUGUGAAUACAAAUGUUACAGAAGAUGCACUUGAAAUGUCAACAAAAUGUGCAGUUGGCAUUGCCAUGGCAUGCUUUAGCAUGUGACACCUGUAUGGAGAAAUUACUUCAAUUACUCAGAUAUGUUACUGUAAUAAAAAUGUCAACACAAGAA